UUCAGAGGGGGAGGGGAAGGGAGGGGGCCGAGCGCUCGCCGCGGCUCCCUGCAGCCCCAGCCGCAUGACGCGCGGAGGAGGCAGCGGGAGCAGCCGCGGGAGCCGGGACCGGGGAGCCGCGCGCUGGGGGUGGGCGCCGCUCGCUCCGCCCCGCGAAGCCCCUGCGCGCUCAGGGACGCGGCCCCCCCGCGGCAGCCGCGCCAGGCUCCGGCGUGUGGCCGCGGCCGCCGCCGCCGCUGCCAUGUCCCCGGGGAAGCCCGGGGCGGGCGGAGCGGGGACAAGGCGGACCGGCUGGCGGAGGAGGAGGCGGAGGAGGCGGCAGGAGGCGGCGACGACGGUGCCCGGGCUCGGGCGCACGGCGGGGCCCGAUUCGCGCGUCCCGGGCACGUUCCAGGGCGCGCGGGGCAUGAAGCCGGCGGCGCGGGAGGCGCGGCUGCCUCCGCGCUCACCCGGGCUGCGCUGGGCGCUGCCGCUGCUGCUGCUGCUGCUGCGCCUGGGCCAGAUCCUGUGCGCAGGUGACCCCCCUGGUCCAACUCGUGACCCUUCAGUAACAACUGUUGCCACAGCGGAAAGUGGCGUAACCCAGAUCAGCAGUGAAGCAGCAUCUUUUUACAAACUGAAUGGAACUGGAACACCUCAGGUGCCAACAAAUACCAGUGAGGGUGGCGAAGACUCUGGAGCCAAUGAUAGUUUAAGAACACCUGAACAAGGAUCUAAUGGGACUGAUGGAGCAUCUCAAAAAACUCCCAGUGCUACUGGGCCCAGUCCUGUGUUUGACAUUAAAGCUGUUUCCAUCAGUCCAACCAAUGUGAUCUUAACCUGGAAAAGUAACGACUCGGCUGCUUCCGAGUACAAGUGUGUGGUAAAGAAUGAGAUGGAAAAUGAGACAACAGUUACUGUUGUGUAUCGACCACGGUGUAACAUCACAGGCUUACGUCCUGGAACUUCAUAUGUGUUCUCCGUCACUCCAGGAACAGGCAAUGAGACUUGGGGAGAUCCCAGAGUCAUCAAUGUCGUCACAGAGCCGAUUCCAGUUUCUGGUCUCCGUGUUGCCCUCACGGGUGUGAGGCAGGCUACUCUCUCCUGGAGCAAUGGCGAUGGCACUGCCUCCUGCCGGGUGCUUCUUGAAGGCAUUGGAAGCUAUGAGGAGUCGACUCAAGACUUCGCAGUCAAUAUCUCAGGCCUGAAGCCAGGGGUUCAAUACAGCAUCAACCCAUAUCUUCUACAAUCAAAUAAGACAGAGGGAGACCCCCUGGGCACAGAAGGGGUCUUGGAUGCCAGCAACACAGAGAGAAGCCGGGCAGGCAGCCCCACCGCCCCUGUGUACAACGAGUCCCUCCUGGGACCUGCGGACUCAUCCUCCAGCCAGCAGUCCCGAGACACGGAAGUCCUGCUUGUCGAGUUAAAGCCUGGCACCCGAUACAAUGCCACCGUUUAUUCCCAGGCAGCGAAUGGCACAGAAGGACAGCCCCAGACCAUAGAGUUCAGGACAAAUGCUAUUCAGGUUUUUGACGUCACCGUUGUGAAUAUCAGUGCCACAAGCCUGACCCUGACCUGGAAAGUCAGUGAUAAUGAGUCGUCAUCUAACUAUACCUACAAGAUACAUGUGGCGGGGGAGACAGAUCCUCUCAAUCUCACCGUCAGCGAGGCUCGCGCUGUCAUCUCGGGACUCCGCUCAAGCACCUUCUACCGCAUCACAGUGUGUCCUUUCCUAGGUGACACUGAGGGCACACCGGCCUUCCUCCAAGUGUACACCCCCCCUGGUCCAGUUUCCGACUUCCGAGUGACAGUGGUCAGCACGACGGAGAUCGGCUUAGCAUGGAGUAGCCAUGAUGCAGAAUCCUUUCAGAUUUAUAUCAUAUGCAUAUCCUGUGUGCAGGAGGUUGCUUGGGUAAAAAUAACCACCAACCAAAGUAUUAUCAUUGGUGACUUGUUCCCUGGAACCAAGUAUUGCUUUCAAAUAGUUCCAGAAGGACCAAAUGGGACCAAAGGGGCGUCUCGGACAGUUUGCAAUAGAACUGCUCCCAGUGCAGUGUUUGACAUCCACGUGGUCUACGUCACCACCACAGAGAUGCGGCUGGAGUGGAAGAGCCCAGGCAAUGCUUCCGAGUAUGUCUACCAUUUAGUCAUAGAGUCCAAGCAUGGCUCUAACCACACAAACACAUCUGACAACGUGGUCACUCUCCAGGGCCUGAUCCCGGGCACCUUAUAUAACAUUACCAUCUCUCCGGAAGUGGACCACAUCCCGGGAGACCCCAGCUCCACUACACAGUACACACGGCCCAGCAAUGUGUCCAACAUUGAUGUAAGUACCAGCACCACAGCAGCAACUUUGAGUUGGCAGAACUUUGAUGGCGCCUCUCCCACAUACUCCUACUGCCUUCUUAUUGAGAAGGUUGGAAAUUCCAGCAACGCAACACAAGUAGUCACGGGCACUGGAAUUACUAACGCUACUGUCACUGAAUUAAUACCUGGCUCAUCAUACACAGUGGAGAUCUUCACACAAGUAGGGGACAGAAUCAAGUCACUGGAACCUGGCUGGAAGUCAUUUUGUACAGAUCCCGCGUCCGUGGCCUCCUUCGACUGUGAAGUGGUCCCCAAAGAGCCAGCCCUGGUUCUCAAAUGGGCCUGCCCUCCUGGUGCCAAUGCAGGCUUCGAGCUGGAGGUCAGCAGUGGAGCCUGGGACAAUGCAACCCACCUGGAGAGCUGCUCCUCUGAGAAUGGCACUGAGUAUAGAACGGAAGUCACGUAUUUGAAUUUUUCUACCUCGUACAACAUCAGCAUCACCACCGUGUCCUGUGGAAAGAUGGCAGCCCCCACGCAGAGCACCUGCACCACUGGCAUCACAGAUCCCCCUCCUCCAGAUGGAUCCCCUAAUAUUACAUCUGUCAGUCACAAUUCAGUAAAGGUCAAGUUCAGUGGAUUUGAAGCCAGCCACGGACCCAUCAAAGCCUAUGCUGUCAUUCUCACCACUGGGGAAGCUGGUCACCCUUCUGCAGAUGUCCUGAAAUACACGUAUGAGGAUUUCAAAAAGGGAGCCUCAGAUACUUACGUGACAUACCUGAUCAGAACAGAAGAAAAGGGACGUUCUCAGAGCUUGUCUGAAGUUUUGAAAUAUGAAAUUGAUGUUGGGAAUGAGUCAACCACGCUUGGCUAUUACAAUGGGAAGCUGGAACCUCUGGGCUCCUACCGGGCUUGUGUGGCUGGCUUCACCAACAUUACCUUCCACCCUCAAAACCACGGGCUCAUCGAUGGGGCUGAGAGCUACGUGUCCUUCAGUCGCUACUCAGAUGCUGUUUCCUUGCCCCAGGAUCCAGGUGUCAUCUGUGGAGCAGUUUUUGGCUGUAUCUUUGGUGCCCUGGUUAUUGUGACUGUGGGAGGCUUCAUCUUCUGGAGAAAGAAGAGGAAAGAAGCAAAGAAUAAUGAAGUGUCCUUUUCUCAAAUUAAACCUAAAAAAUCUAAGUUAAUCCGAGUGGAGAAUUUUGAGGCCUACUUCAAGAAGCAGCAAGCCGACUCCAACUGUGGGUUCGCAGAGGAAUAUGAAGAUCUGAAGCUGGUUGGAAUUAGUCAACCUAAAUAUGCAGCAGGACUGGCUGAGAAUAGAGGAAAGAAUCGCUAUAAUAAUGUUCUGCCCUAUGAUAUUUCCCGUGUCAAACUUUCGGUCCAGACCCAUUCAACGGACGACUACAUCAAUGCCAACUACAUGCCUGGCUACCACUCCAAGAAAGAUUUUAUUGCCACACAAGGACCUUUACCGAACACUUUGAAAGAUUUUUGGCGUAUGGUUUGGGAGAAAAAUGUAUAUGCCAUCAUUAUGUUGACCAAAUGUGUUGAACAGGGAAGAACCAAAUGUGAGGAGUAUUGGCCCUCCAAGCAGGCUCAGGACUAUGGAGACAUAACUGUGGCAAUGACAUCAGAAAUUGUUCUCCCGGAAUGGACCAUCAGAGAUUUCACAGUGAAAAAUAUCCAGACAAGUGAGAGUCACCCUCUGAGACAGUUCCAUUUCACCUCCUGGCCAGACCACGGUGUUCCGGACACCACUGACCUGCUCAUCAACUUCCGGUACCUCGUUCGUGACUACAUGAAGCAGAGUCCUCCCGAAUCGCCGAUUCUGGUGCAUUGCAGUGCUGGGGUCGGAAGGACGGGCACUUUCAUUGCCAUUGAUCGUCUCAUCUACCAGAUAGAGAAUGAGAACACCGUGGAUGUAUAUGGGAUUGUGUAUGACCUUCGAAUGCAUAGGCCUUUAAUGGUGCAGACAGAGGACCAGUAUGUUUUCCUCAAUCAGUGUGUUUUGGAUAUUGUCAGAUCCCAGAAAGACUCCAAAGUAGAUCUCAUCUACCAGAACACAACUGCAAUGACAAUCUAUGAAAACCUGGCACCCGUGACCACAUUCGGAAAGACCAAUGGUUACAUCGCCUAAUUCCAAAGGAGAAACCUUUCUGGAGUGAACCAGACCGUCGCACCCACAGCGAAGGCACAGGCCCCGAUGUCGACAUGUUUUUAUAUGUCUAAUAUCUUAAUUCUUUGUUCUGUUUUGUGAGAACUAAUUUUGAGGGCAUGAAGCUGCACGUGACAGAUGACAAAUUGGGGCUGUCGGGGGCUGUGGAUGGGUGGGGAGCAAAUCACCUGCAUUCCUGAUGACCAAUGGGAUGAGGUCACUUUUCUUUUUUUUUUUUUUUUCCCCCCUUGAGGAUUGUGGAAAACCAGGAAAAGGGAGCUAUGAUUUUUUUUCCAAAACAAUUUCUUUUUUAAAAAAGACUAUUUUAUAUGGUUCACAUGCUAAAGCCAGGAUUGUGUUGGGUUGAAUAUAUUUUAAGUAUCAGAGGUCUAUUUUUACCUACUGUAUCUUGGAAUCUAGCCGAUGGAAAAUACCUAAUUGUGGAUGAUGGUUGCGCAGGGAGGGGUACGUGGCGCCUCUUCCGAAUGGGUUUUCUAUUUGAACAUGUGCCUUUUCUGAAUUAUGCUUCCACAGGCAAAACUCAGUAGAGAUCUAUAUUUUUGUACUGAAUCUCAUAAUUGGAAUAUACGGAAUAUUUAAACAGUAGUUUAGCAUCAGAGGUUUGCCUCCUCCGUAACAUUUCUGUUCUCAUUUGAUCAGGGGAGGCCUCUUUGCCCUGACCCCACGUCCCCUGCCCCCUGUACAUUUGUGCUCCAUUUUUUCUUCCUUUUUCCCUCCCAGUUUUCUCCAAAGACUCUUCUGUUGGCAACAUUUUCAGCCCAUUGGUUGGGUGAGAAUGGCGACUCAAAUAUCACCUUGAGAAUUUCUGUGGGUGGGAAUGGGAGAAGCAGAGGAAUCCUACAGUGACAGAAAUCCUUUUCCUGUCCCUGUAUUAUCCUUUUUCUCAUGUCUGUAUUUGGUAUGAAGGAUUAUUUAAAGGUGCAAUAUGUGACUUAGUGAUUCAUGAUGUUCUAGGUUUUUAGUAACGUUUUACUCAGGUUGGCAUUUUAAGUGUCUGUGUCCGUGUGUAUGUGUGUGUGUAUGUUCAGAAGCGUGGCAAUCUGUGAACACUUCAGCGUGAAUUCAGCAUCAGAUUAAUCCCUCCUUCCCCGAAGUCCACUGGCUUUUGUCUCUCUCUGCCGUGACACAUAUCGGAAUCUACUGUGUAUAUAUAUAUAUACUAAGCUCUCAAAAACAGUCAUUCCUAUGAAUUGAGGUGUACAAAGUUUGAAUUUGUAUCAAAGAUGUAAUUAUUAUUUUUAAAACCUCUUUUCACUAUACUGCUGCUGUAAUUACUUUGAUUUUUAAAAUGUAGAUUAAUUUUUUUUUUUUUUUUGCUUCAGGUGUGUGUCCACCAAGAAUUUCAGAAUUUAUGUGGAUUUAUUUUAUUGGUACAUAAUCUGUAAACUUCUUAAGGCAUUAACAUGAAAAGAUUUUUUUCUUCUUUUUU